AUGACGGAUACUGCAGCCGAGGAGGACAAGGACCCUGAUAUUGAGCUAUUUGUCAAGGCUGGGAUUGAUGGCGAGAGCAUCGGAAACUGUCCCUUCUCUCAGCGCCUCUUUAUGAUUCUCUGGCUGAAAGGUGUAGUCUUCAAUGUCACCACUGUUGACCUCAAGAGGAAACCGGCAGACCUUCACAACCUGGCCCCAGGGACACACCCGCCUUUCCUCACCUUCCAGGGGGAGGUUCUCACUGAUGUCAACAAAAUUGAGGAGUACCUCGAGGAGAAGCUGGCUCCACCAAAGUAUCCCAAACUUGCAGCAAAGAACCGUGAAUCCAACACAGCAGGAAAUGACAUAUUUGCCAAGUUCUCAGCUUACGUAAAAAACACAAGACCAGAUAAAAAUCGAGCAUUAGAGAAGAGUCUAGACAAGGUCCUGGCUAAGCUGGACGAGUAUCUGAUUGGUCCGCUACCUGAUGAGGUUCAAGCGGGACGCCACAGUGGUGAGGGAGAAUCCAACCGCAAAUACCUGGACGGAGACGAACUGACGCUGGCUGACUGCAACCUUCUACCCAAACUUCAUGUUGUAAAGGUGGUUGCGAAGAAAUACAGAAACUAUGACAUCCCGUCUGAAUUCAGAGGGGUGUGGCGUUACCUUGGCAACGCCUACAGCCGAGAGGAGUUCACCAAUACGUGUGCGGCUGAUGUGGAAAUCGAGCUAGCCUAUAAGGAUGUAGCUAAGAGACUUGGAAAAUGA